UGAGCUCAGUUGCAAAACAGAUCCAAUCGUCGACAGGUCAUUGUUUGUCGUUUGGAUAGUUUAUCCAUAAUCAGCAACUCCUAUUUGUUCAACUUGUUAUUUUUGAAUGUAACAUCGUGAGAAAUUCGUCCCAUUACUAUUGUAAAUAUAUAUUCGUUUCGUGUAGUGAUUGAAUCAUAACUUGUGCUAGUGUAGUGAUGAAUUAUAUUGAAAAGUGAAGCCAACGCCCUUUUUAUAGUGAAUACUUCAUCUAAAUAAUUUUAAAAUAAAAUAAUGUGAUUAAAUAAUUUUAAAAAGGGUACUUGUCCCAGUGUGAGGACUUGGGAACCAGACGGAAAUCAUAGCACCGCAGGAUGUUACAGAGCGUUUCAAAAAAUCAGAACUCAGAUUGACUCAAUCAGCUGAGGAAUUGAUACUAAAUGCAAUUGUUGAAAAAAAAGUAUCAAAUCCUAAUUCUGUUUUGAGACGUAGAAUCGCCAGAAAUGAUACUCUGGCAGAGGAACAAUUCAUGAGACUUCAAGAAUUUGUUGCGAGAUUGCCUGAUGAAAUUCGCAGUGAUAUAUCUCCAGUGUUGCCGCCCAUCUAUUGUCACUUGUAUCUGGAUGCAGUGACGAGGGGAGUUCGUAUAGCAAAGCACAACAUUAUUAGAGAGUCUUUGGUCGCUGUGGGGCGGAAGAACCCUUUCCUGCAUCUGAUCGAUGAACUCCCUAAUAUUAAAACAGCCGACGAUAUUGCAUCGAGACCAAAUGUGAAAUUGUUCAGGUCAAAGAAACAUGAAGUGGGAAUGCCCUAUAAAAGUAUAUUAGUCAUGAGGAAUUUCCUUUCGGAAAAGAAGUUCGUUAGCUUACUUACGGUUCUUCAUAAUUGGUUGGAUGUAGAAAUUAUCACAGAAUUCACAAUCCCACCCGAGGAAGUAGAUGAAGAUGGAACCACUUAUGAUGAGUCAUCGUAUCCGAUUGAUGUUGUUCGAGCUCCACGGCCUCCAAGUCCAGCCAUCAAGAAUUAUAUUAGGAAUAUGAUGGGAGUUACUCUGGUGGAAAAGAAAUACAAAGUGCUUACAGAUGCUAUUAGAAUAUUGCGCCAAUCAGAGCCCGUCCCCAAUCCAUAUUUUAUAUACAGAUUGCAGAAUUUUGAAAAUCUGUGUUGUGCCAGCCUCCACACUAAGAAGAAACUUAUGGCUACAGGUGAUCCAGAAAGUGAAGUGAGAUUAUGGAAUCUCUGCGAAUCCAAAUUAGCUCCAAAGCGAUCGUACGCUAUUCCUUUGGGCUGUGAUGUUGAAUCUCUCCUCAGAAUUCGCCAGGAUGAAAGAUGCACUUUAAUGAGAGGUCAUACCGGUUCAGUAAAUGGUGUUAGUUUCAUGAAAAAAACUGAUAUUCUAUUAUCAGUAUCACAUGACUGCACAAUGCGUGCUUGGAACAUAAACGAUUACACUACUGCUGCAGUUUACAGAGGGCACAAUUAUCCAUUAUGGUGUGUAGCAGUCAGCUCGUUGGAUAAGCAUAUUGCUACGGGUUCGCAGGAUCGCACCGCUCGACUUUGGUCUCUUGAUCGUUCACAUUGUCUACGAGUAUUCGCUGGUCACAUCUCUGACGUCAAUUGUGUGGGUUUCCAUCCUAAUAAUUUGUACCUUGCGACGGGAUCAGUUGACAAAACAGUUCGUCUCUGGUCUGUGAGUAAUGGAAAUCUGGUCAGAGUUUUUGUUGGUCAUACUGGCUCAGUACAAAACGUGGCUCUUUCACCUAAUGGAAAAUUUCUAGCCUCUUCAGGUGAUGGAGGUCGAGUGAAGAUAUGGGACAUAGCCGGCGGAGGGGUUAUGACCACUUUGAAGGGCAACAACAGUCGCACCGUUUCGUUGGCUUGGAGUCACUGCGGCACAAUUGUCGGCUCUGCAUCUGAUGAUGCCAUGAUGCAAUUGUGGGAUGUCGAAAAAGCAAUGAUUCUUCCUGACGAUCCGGCGGCAGUGGAGCCAAUAUACACGUUUGAAAGUAAAUGCAGCCAACUUUUAACGAUUCAGUUCUCGUAUCGUAACUCGCCUAUGCUGAUCGGUUAUAACUAUCCAGGAGAAAACGUUCCACCGCCAGUUGAAAAGCCUCCACUUCCAGCGUUUUCUCGUCCCAGGCAACCUCCAACUCAACCCACUCCCGCUCAACUUUAUACUGCCCUUCGAGCUAAUACUCCUGCUCAAGUUUAUGCUGCCCUUCGAGCUGCUCCCGGUCAAAGAACACCUGGUAACAUUCUAAUGCAAAGGUAUACUCUUCUUCAAAGAGCUCCAGUUCCGAGAACUACUUUGGUCUUAGGCAAUACUCCAGUUCUUCCAGUUAGAAGAAAUAUUGUAGGUCCAACUCAUACAUUCCUUCAAAGAAAUCUAGGUCCACAUAAUACUUUCUUUCAAAGAAGUACGCCUGGUCCAAGUUGUGUUUCUCUAGUUCAAAGAAGUAUGACUGGUCCAAGUAGUGUUUCUCCAGCUCAAAUAAAUACGCCUGGUCCAAGUGGCGUUUCUCUAAUUCAAAGAAGUAUGCCUGGUCCAAGUGGUGUUUCUCCAGCUCAAAUAAAUACGCCUGGUCCAAGUGGUGUUUCUCAAGUUCAAAUAAAUACGCCUGGUCCAAGUGGUAUUUCUCCAGUUCAAAUAAAUACGCCUGGUCCAAGUGGUGUUUCUUCAGUUCAAAUAAAUACGCCUGGUCCAAGUGGUGUUUCUUCAGUUCAAAUAAAUACGCCUGGUCCAAGUGGCGUUUCUCAAGUUCAAAUAAAUACGCCUGGUCCAAGUGGCGUUUCUCAAGUUCAAAGAACUGUUACAAUACCAAGUAAUACUCCGCAAAGAAGUACUUCAGUUGGAACUAAUACUCCAAUAAUUCAAAGAAAUAAUCCAAUGGCAAGUAAUACUCCACUUCAAAGAAGUACUUCAGUUGCUACUAAUACUCCUCCACCUCAAAGAAUUAUUCCGGUUGCAACUAAUACCCAAAUUCAAAGAAUUAAUCAGGUUGCAACUAAUACUCAAAUCCAAAGAAAUAAUCCGGUUGCAACUAAUACUCAAAUUCAAAUGAAUAAUUCGGUUGCAAGUAAUACUCAAAUUCAAAGAAAUAAUCCCGCGCCAAAUAAUACUUCGAAGUAAAAAUGAAUAAUGAUUUCUGCAGUAUGUAUCGCCGAUACAGUUAUAACAUUUUUCAUUUGUUGAAUAGUGCAUGACUGUUUGGGUCAUUGUGCAAUCCAAUAGAUUUCAAGUCAAUCAUAAAAUACUGUACUUCAAGAACAUUCAAUCAGCUUACCUUAAAAUUAUAGUACAAAUCAAAAAGGUAUAAUGUUAGAUAUUUGUCGUUCUGUGAAACCUGUGUGAUGGAUAUUCGUGGUAGGCUAUAUAGAUAGCUAUGAUAAGCAACAAUUCUAAUAAGAUUCUUGUUUUAAACAAACUUAUUACAUACGUUUAGAUUGUUUUUUAUCAAUUGAGUAAGGAAUGUGUGAACCAUAUUUUCAUCUGCCUCCAAAAUCUUUGAACUGACAAAACAUUUUGAUAAUUCAGAUAAUUAUUAUUAUAUUUUUGUUGUGUGAAGCCACAAAUUCUGAGCAGUGCUCAAGUGGCAGUCGGAAGGCACUAUUUUAACACAACUUUUAAAAGCUGGUUUUUUUAUUCUAUUAGCCAACACUGUAGAGAGUGAGAUUUUUAAAUAUUAUAUUUAUAUAAUUGAUUAAUUUAUAAUUUGAUUUAUUUAUUUUAUCAAUGACCAUAAUAUUAUAACUUUCAAUUGAAAAAAAUCAAUUUUAUUUCAACUAUUUCAUAUUUGAAGAAUUUGAGUAAACUUAUUCCAUUAAAAGUGAGAACACCACAAUUAAAUAAGUAAAUUGGAAGAUUAGAACAAUAUAUCAUUCAAUUCACAGAUUACUUUACCCACGAAUGCCACAAUAUAUUGAUAUUUCAUUCAGGGAUGACUUUCCUAAUACAACUUGAAAAAACUCAUAAAAUUAUUCUAGUGAAGAAUCAUUUUUCAAUAAUCAACUCCACGACUAAAAAACUCCUUCAAUCAGAUUCAAAGAUCAUGUUACCAAUAAAACUCUACAAAUUAUUAAAAGUUGUGUGUUUUCACAGAUGACUUUCUCAUAAAUUUAAAAUCGUUGAAACCUACAAUACUGUUUUUUCCUUAUAAAACACACAAUCUUACAUAAACUCUAGAAACAACAUUUAAUUUCAUUUUUCCACGCACACUACUUGAUAUAAUAGAACCCACACUAUAGAUAUUAUAGGUUCUUGACAAAAAUUCAUUGUGAAAAGACAGCUGUUAUGUGAUUGUGUAUAACCUGCGUCCCUCAUCUAUUACUUUUUAAAUAACAGAUACUAUUUUAUCAAUUUUUAGAAAACAAUUUUUAUGUCAGGUAUCAAAGCUCAUCAAUGUUAUUCCUAGCCUUUCUAUCACUAGUAAAUUUGAUAGAAAACUGCUAAUUGAAAUUCAUACAUGGAUAAUCUCGAACAAUGUAAUUUCCUCAUAGCUUGAUAUAAAGACUUCUCAUGUUCUUAAUGUAAUUUUCAACUAUUCUUUACAUUCCCUUAUCCCUUCACUCUGCUCUUUCUCUUCCCUUCCUCACUCAUUUUUCUCUCCCCUAUUUCUUAAUAAUAUCCCAUUAUUAUUUUCUUGUACUGUUAAGCAUAGAACACUCGGCCUCUGCGCUCAGGUUCCUCGAACCUUGCAGGGACUUCCCGUUUUUAAUAUACCCUAUUUAAUGUUAUGUUUCUUUUUCAUUUUAUAUAGUAUUUUACGUUUUUUUAUAACCAUUUUUGCCAUUGUAAUUGUUUUUUGGGAAAAAUAAAGAUUUAAAGAAAAUAAAUCAGUUGAUAGAUAGGGCAGUUGCUAAAAUAAUUUACUUGAAGAUGAUAUUUAAAAUAACAAAAUUAUUAGUAAACAUUUAUUGAAAACAUUUAUUUUUAUAACCUGACGAUCACCGGAUCUAGUAGUUAUAAUUUGUAUUCUUAUUGUAUUAUUUUACUAGUUUUAAAGGGUACUAUAAUUCUAUUUUAUAAAUACGAGAAAGUGGCCCUGAAUUCAUACAUUUUAAUAUUGUCAAGUUAUAAUUAUGGGGAACCUUGUCUACAAGUCUACAAAGCGGCUCAACCUAAAAAGUUAAGUGACAAUGAAGUAAAUAGAAAUGGGUGACCGACUUAAUACAGCUGAAAGGAUUAUGAAGAAGCGGCAAAGAAAGACCAAGGAGUAGAAUAUUUUGUGAAAUGAAAAGUAUGGAGUUAUAAUUAUGAGGAACCUUGUCUACAAGUCUACACAGCGGCUCAACCUAAAAAGUUAAGUGACAGUGAAGUAAAUAGAGAUGGGUGACAGAGUUGAUACAGCUGAAAGGAUUAUGAAGAAGCGGCAAAGAAAGACCAAGGAGUAGAAUAUUUUGUGAAAUGGAAAGUAUGGAGCACAAAGCACAGCACUUGGGAACCUGAAGAGAAUAUCCUAGAGGCAAGACCAAUUGAUAUAUUUGAGCAAAGAAGAACAAACAACAAGCUGUAAUUGAGAGAGCAAAAGCAGAGGAAGCUCAGGAUGCGACUGAGACCUUGUAGACAAGAUUCCCCAUAGCUAUAACUUGACAAUCAAUCACAUAACAGCUGUCUUUUCACAAUGCAUUUUUAAAACUAUACCGAAAUGAGCGCAAUACUAUGGCCUGGUUGCACAAAUGCUGGUUAAAUUGUAAUCGUGAUGAUAAAAUGCAACAAUAACCAAUCAGAGAAGCCUAUUUUUCGAAAAAUAGGCUUCUCUGAUUGGUUCUCGUGAAUUAAUCACGAUUAAAAUUUAAAUGGCUUUUGUGCAACAGGGCCAUAGCAUAUUGCGCUCAUUUCGGUAUAGUUUUAAAAAUGCAUUGUGAAAAGACAGCUGUUAUGUGAUUGAUUGUCAAGUUAUAGCUAUGGGGAAUCUUGUCUACAAGGUCUCAGUCGCAUCCUGAGCUUCCUCAGCUUUUGCUCUCUCAAUUGCAGCUUGUUGUUUCUUCUUCUUUGCUCAAAUAUAUCAAUUGGUCUUGCAUCUAGGAUAUUCUCUUCUGGUUCCCAAGUGCUGUGCUUUGUGCUCCAUACUUUCCAUUUCACAAAAUAUUCUACUCCUUGGUCUUCCUUUGCCGCUUCUUCAUAAUCCUUUCAGCUGCAUCAACUCUGUCACCCAUCUCUAUUUACCUCACUGUCACUUCACUUUGUAGGUUGAGCAGCUGUGUAAACUUGUAGACAAGGUUCCCCAUAAAUAACUUGACAAUAUUAAAAUGUAUGAAUUCAGGGCCACUUUCUCGUAUUUAUAAAAUAGAAUUAUAGUACACUUUAAAACUAAUAAAAUAAUAGAACAAGAAUACAAAUUAUAACUACUAGAUCCUAUAACUAUAAUUAUAACUACAAGGGGAACCUUGUCUACAAAAAGUAAUAGAUAAGGGACGCAGGUUAUACACAAUCACAUAACAGCUGUCUUUUCACAUUGCAUUUUCAAAACUAUACCGAAAUGAGCGCAAUAUACUAUGGCCCGGUUGCACAAAUGCCGGUUAAAUUUUAAUCGUGAUGCUAAAAUGCGCCCAUGACUGAUGAAGAGGGUGAUAGGAGGGAUGCAUUGCGUGGUCCCACUAUGUCGCUGCCUGCCCGUGCACUUGCAGUUCGUCGUCGGCCACUUUGUCACCUUCCGACUUGACGCCGCGCGGACCGGAGUCGACGAGCUGACAGCUGCUGUGACGUCGCUUACCUGCGCAGACUGUACCGUGGAAUUGACGGGUGACAGAAUCGGCGACAGUAUAAUUCUAGUCGAACAUGCCGCCGUUCGACUUCCUAGGUGCAGGAGUCAACUUUCUGGUUGCAGGAGUCGGCGAACUUAAUUUGUGAUGUUGUAUUGGAAACAUGAUCUUUGAAUCUAAUUGAAGGCGUUUUUGAGUGGUCGUGUUGAUUAUUGAAGAACGAUUCUUCACUAGUAUAUUAGUGAGUUUUUUUAGGUUUUGUUGAGUUGUAUUGGGAAAUUUCAUCCCUGAAUGAAAUACCAAUUUAAUGUGGUAUUCAAGGAAGUUUGAAUUGGAUUAACAAAAAUAAUUAGUGAAUUGAAUGAAAUAUUGUUCUACUCGUCCAGUUUACUAAUUGUGAUAUUUUUCCAAUAACGUUCACAUUGACAGGUACAGUUUAUGGAAUAAAAAAGCCAGCUGAUGGAGUAUUUUGCUAAAUCUGACUGUUUCGAUGUCUGUGGUUUUGCAUUGAUUGUAUUUUUAAUUGUCGUUUUAAAUUUAUAUCAUUGAUUGAUCCAUAAUUUAAUUUUAAUUUAUUCUAUCAACGACCAUUUUAUAUUUAUAACAACAUUUCAUAUUUUUUCAUAAUUUCUUUCAUCAAAGACAAUUUUAUAUUAAUAAAUUAGACAUUACAACUUAGUAGACAAUGAAUUUUCAAAACUAUAUUGGAAUGCCAUGACUUUUGCAUUAACAGAGGCACAGGUUUUGAAAUGAAAAAGUCAGCUGAUUUAGUAUUUUCUACAGCUGUCAAUGGUGUCCUAACUCCUGAUUGCAUGAUCUUGAAUCAUCAUUAUAAUUCGAUAUAAUAUGUUAUGUGUAAUUCAAUGUAAUGUGUGAGUUUUUUAGCAAUGAUUUUGCUUUAACAUCUUUUUUAUUUUGUUUUAGAACCAGUAGUCAACUUAUGUUUGAGUUCUUCUUAGUGAAAGCCUGUAAAUAUUAUUAAUUUAUUUAUUUGUUAUAUUACAUUACAUUCAUAUAAUAAGUGAAAUUGUUGUGCUUAUUAGCUCAAUUUUAUUUAUAAUUUAUGUAAUUUAUUACUAUGUUUAUUUAUUUAUUAAUGUAGUUCAUUAUUUGUGUAUCAGAUGUGUGAUCCAUGAAUAAUAGAUAACGUGCUAUUGCUCCGAAGAAAUGAAAUUUAUUCCAGGGUUGAAUGUUAUGUUUCAGUUCGUUGUUGUAUAACUUUGUCGUUGUCGUCCUUAUUCAUAUUAUUAAUAAUGAAUUUGUAAUAUAAAUUUGUAGUAUAACUUUGAUCAUCGAUCAAUAUUACUGCUGGCUUUUCUAAAAAAAAACCGUUUUCUAUAUUAUUACUUUAUAACUGUGUAUCUGUGUAUUACUAGUAUGUCAGUGUAUUACUGUUAUUACAAAGUGUAUAUCAGUGUAUUUUAAUAAUUGUACAAAUAAAGUAUAGUCAAGAAUA